AUGUCCGAUGAAAUGUGGGUAAUGUCAGAAAAACUCCACGAUAUUUUAAUACAAUGUUUAGAAACAGAAGAUUCAGUUUUAAGAUUUAUUAACUGGUUUUUCGACGGGAUUCGAAAAGCUUUUGGAUCUAAAACUAAUAUUAAUGAUAAUAAUUUAUCACUUCCUGAAAUUUGUUUUCAAUGUGAACGUCCUUAUACUAAUGGUUGUUGGUGUAAUUCUUGUGAAUCUUAUUUAUUUGAAGCUAAUUUUAAAAAUUGGAAUACUGGAAAUGUUGAAUUAAAUAAAUUUAUUCGUCAAUCUCAAUUAAAUUCUUUAAAUGAUAAAAAUUUUUUAAAAUGGAUUCCUUUUAACGAUUUUAAACAUUUAAAAGAAUUUGGUUCCGGUGGUUUUUCUACUAUGUAUUCUGCUAGAUGGUCAAAUGAUAUUUUGGAUGGUACUUUACAACAAUGGGUAACAAAUAUGGAGGUACAAAUAAUUCUUGAUUAUAUUAAAAGUCAUGACGUACAUUUUACCGAUGAUGAUUGGAAUGCCGUCUUAUCGGAAUUUAUGAAAAAAAUGAGAGUAAUUUUUGAAACUCGUAAAACUUUGAAAUGUAAACCUCUAUCCGAAAAUGAUGCCGAAUCUACAAGGUCCUCACGAAUUAGUAGUCGAAUUAAUAGUAGAGUUAAUAGUUUAAAGUUGAAAAGAAAAGAUAGUUUUGCGAAAAUCAAAGGACUUUUUAAAUCUCUAAAAAAGAAUCGUUCUAAUAGUUCUAUACGAACUACUCCCAGCUCCGAUUCAGUCUAUGCAACUUCAAGGAAGAUGAUCAAGAAUGUGCCGGUAACAACUUCUCCGUUGAAGAAACGUCUUUAUCAAAAUGUUGCGCUUAAACGAUUACAUAAUUCCACAUCGAUUUCAUCAAAAUUCAUCAAUGAGUUCAAACCUUAUCAAUUAUCUUUGACAAAAAAUUCUUCUUCAAAAUAUUUAAUCUCUGAUUAUGGUUUACAUUUUCCUUCCGAUUCUACUGAUAAAUCUCUUGGUACUAAAUUAUAUGGUGUAUUACCUUUUAUGGCUCCCGAAGUUUUACGUGGUGGUCCUUAUACUAAGGCUGCUGAUAUAUAUAGUUUGGAUAAUCUUGGUCCUUUCGCUGAAGCUGAAAAAUUUAGACUUAGAAAUUCGAGUAGAUCUACUACUCAUUCUGAUUUAGAUCCUUCAUUUAAUUUCCCUUCUUCUAGACUUCUUGUUUUUAAUAAUCUUCCGGAACCAAAAAAUUCUAAAAAUUCAAAUUUUGUUACUCUUAAAUCCGGUAAUUCUGAUAUAUCCCUUAAUUCUGUUAAAGGUUUAAAAGUUUCCGAAUUAUCUGAAAAUAAACCACAAGGGAAUCAUCAGAUUAAUCUAAGUAUUGAUUCUGCUGUCGGUAUAUCACCAAUGAAGUGA